AUGGCACGAACUCCUCUGCUCAAGUCAAAGAAAAUUGGCGGAGCCUGCUCCGAUCCCUUCUCGGCAAAUGAGGCGGGAGCAACAUGGUCAGUCUUCUUCUCAUGGACAAUGCUGUAUGCUCGUGAAGAGGUGCGAAGGUAUGAUCGAUCCACCAAACUUGCCCGAAUACAACUUGGAGUGUGGAGCCGCAACUGGCCUUACAUUUAA